CUCUUGGUGUCCGUAAUGAGGAAAUAUUCGGCUCCGACCGUGUGCUAGCUGGCGCUAGCCGCUAUUUAGCAUUUGUUGCUACCUAGCCUCGGCUAACAAGAAUUGUAGCAUAGUAGCGGUAGCGAUUUUAUGUGACAGUCGACAAAGCCGCGUUCGAUGUAGCACAUUAGCUGCUGAACUCCGCGGUGUUGUCAGUGGUGUAGAAGAUCACAGCGAGUGUGCCCCAGUCGCCAAAUCGCCUCAAAAGAGCGGCGUCAGUGUAAAAGUUUCCCUUUGUCCGAAAUUACAGUUUUGUGCUACUCUAGCUAAUAGCGCUUGUUAGCCGGUGGUUGCGGACUAGCCGAUAGCUGGGUGUCCCGGCCCUGCGAUCCGACGCAAAUGUUUAACUAAUGUUAGUAUAGUUACGCUUGAGAUUGAAAACGGCGGAGCCGUCAAACCAAACUCGAUGCUAGCACUUCUAGCAGUGCAGCUAAUCAAACCUCACCACGAUCCCUCUAUUUUAGAGGCUGCCAGUAAAGUUUUAAACAGUGCAUAUUUGCUCCUAAAUACACGGGCUGUGUGUGUGUGUGUGGACGAGGAGGUGAAGGCUGUGGUAACGACCCUCCGUGUCGGUUAACGAAUAAGUUAACCUCGUCCGUGUGUAGCUGAGAGGGCUGCGCCUUAUUAACUUAUUUUCCCAGGCAGUUUGAGUCUUAAUGCAGCGGCCGGCGAGAGGCGUCGCUCUCGCAGUGACCUGCAUGAACUCGGGAGUUAAUAACCUGCCAUGUCCCUGCACUUUGUCCUUUCCCGUGUGGGCGAACGUUUAUUGUUUUCAAGCUGAUAACGUUCAAUUCUCAAUCCAUCCGAUUUACUAUUGUUUCUGUUCUAGUGCAAAUUCAAAUUUGAACCCAGUAACCCGCUGUAUUCCUAGAAACCCGCGUGUUAAGCUACACGUUAGUCACGGCUAACUAAAGCGAAACUAACUAUGACUCAUGCGUGGGCAGUCUAUAAUAAGUUUGCACUCAUUCGCCCUUUAUGUUUGUAAAGUGCUUUUGCAUAAGCAGCAAAACUUUUCAUUUAGCCCGAGCAGCACGGAAGCCCACUAAUGCUACACGUAGAAUUUGAUGCCGUGCUUCAGGAGCAGUUACUGGUCCACAUCUCGCUAUAUGUGAGGAUUAAGCAGAAGUGAAAUCACUGGCAAGUGUUUCAGGAUCACUCAGUUACACCUGAAGCCAUCUGUUACAAAACCUGUUUCACAGACGUUGCUUCAAAUGGUAUACUGCCAAAUGGGAAAAACAUCAACCAUAGCUUCGUGUGCAUGGUAAGACGGUGUGGGUGUGUAUGGUGUUGCCAUACCGGUAAUGCGUCUUAGCUGAUUAAUGUUAACUGUAGGAGAGAAGGACGAGAAGUUAAGUGGGGGCCAAGUCCCAGUACCACUGUGACCCAGGCUGCCGGCAAACUGGAGAAACAUAUCCAAGAAAUGGACGACGGCAGCUACAUCGAGUUUGAUGUGCCGGAGUUCAGUAACACUGUUCUUACCCAGCUCAAUGAGCUGCGGCUGCAAGGGAAGCUGUGUGACAUCAUUGUUCACAUUCAGGGCCAGCCCUUCCGAGCCCACAAGGCUGUGCUGGCCGCUAGCUCACCCUACUUUCGUGACCACUCGGCUCUCAGCACCAUGAGUGGUCUUUCCAUCUCGGUCAUCAAAAGCCCCGAAGUAUUCGAGCAGCUCCUUGCGUUCUGCUACACAGGUCACAUGUCAUUGCAACUUAAGGAUAUAAUCAGUUUCCUCACCGCUGCCAGCUUUCUGCAGAUGCAGGCCAUCAUCGACAAAUGUACCCAAAUCCUGGAGAGCAUCCACUCCAAGAUCAGCCUCCCAGUUAAUGUCUGCAGCCCAGAGAAGGACGACUCGCAGACCAGCCGCAAUGGGGUCAACGACAGUAGCCUCUUUGUAAACCCCACCCAGAUCUCCCCCCCUUACUACUCUCGGCAAAGUCAGGUAGCACAUGGCCUGGGACGGGGGCGACCGCAGCAAGAGGAAGGCCAGUCGGACCGUGGCAGUAGUGAUAGUGUAUCAGAGCAUGACACUCCAAUGGAGGGAGAAACCGAGCAAGUGGAACUGAUUGGCAAAGAUGGGCAAGUAACAGAUGUGCAUGUGAAGGUAGAGAAGGUCGACAGGCCCACUUACUCAGAUAGUUCCUCAGCUGGUGAUGAUGGCUACCACACAGAGUUGGUAGAUGGAGAACAGGUGUUGGCUGUUAGUGUAGGUUCGUAUGGUCCUGUGAUCCAGUCAGCUACCUAUUCUUACUCAGGGCUGUCCUCCUCGUGCUUUGUCAACCUAAGCAACUCAAGUCCUUCUCGCUCGAUGCUCAGUGGCUACAGAGGUGGGAGGGCCAGAGCAAAGCGCCCUCAGGUCAUCCCAGCAGGGGUGCUGAGUCAUAUCAAGCCUAGCUCAGAUGACAGUGAAUCAGCUGUGGGCGCCACAGGGUUGGAGAAUGAUGUGCGAGAGCGCACCCUGCGGAGCCAGUGGUACCCAUACAAUGAGAGACUCAUUUGCAUCUACUGUGGAAAGACCUUCAAUCAAAAAGGAAGCCUGGACCGCCACAUGCGCCUGCACAUGGGAAUCACCCCAUUUGUGUGUAAAUUCUGCGGCAAGAAGUACACGAGGAAAGACCAGCUGGAGUACCACAUCCGUGGCCACACGGACAACAAGCCCUUCCACUGUCAGAUCUGUGGCAAAUGCUUCCCAUUCCAGGGCACACUCAACCAGCACCUGAGGAAGAAGCACAUGGGAGCAUCAGAUAGCGGCAAUCAUAUGGACUCUCCAGAGAGGACGGAGGGAAGCUCAGGUCAGAAGGACCACGAGGAUACGCAGGAGGGCAUGGCUUUUGAAGCGCAAUAUGCAGAAGAGGCACCAGCCAACGAUAUAGAAGAGAGUUCAAAAUGCAGUCCAGCCGAGGCUCAAGCAUAAAGAUGUGAUUUUUAGGUCCUGCUUCAGGUUGUUAUGGAAGCUUUAAGAAAUGUCUAUUUCAACUCAAGUUAAAGGACUGUUUUUUCUUCUUAAUCAGCUCCCUCAACUAUUGACAGUUGUAGUGUCAAGGGUUUCUGUUAUUUUUGUGAGUGGUUGAACGCAGAGGGCAAAUGGGUGCUUUAUAGAUAUUAGAGUCUUUCAAGCAAAGGGAGUAACAAUUUACUAUUUUUGAGGAGGUCUGAAUAAUCAAGACCCCCCCAAAUUGAUUUCUCUUUUUAUCUUUCCAUGUUUUUUAAAACAUAUUUACAGAGUUAUAUAGGCAUGUUGCAAUAAUCGAUAAUGUGAAAGCUCUGGUAAGAUGCUUGUCAUAUCACCUUUUUACCUGACCUGUUUUUGCACAUGUGGCCACAGGAGGUCACUUACUCACAAGGAAUGAUUUUUCUGCCAGUGCAAAGCUUCGUGUGACUAUAUCUGUCUAAUACCUCAUGCAACUACAUACUCAUAACAGACAGUAUUUUAACUUAAAUGAACUCACCGGGUUCUACCUCAUAGCUAAGAACCUACCACACACCACGUUCACCAUUUUUAAUCCGUUUUAGGUUGUAUGUACAGUAUAUUUUAUUGCCAAACCCUGUAAAGAAUAUUCUCUCAACACAAAGCCUUGAUACUUAAGGGAAAUAUUCCUUGCUGAUUGUAUGGAUUAAGGACAACGUUUCUGUCAUAUGUUUUGUGGUCAGCCUGGUUAAAAUGAUGAUUUAAGAAGGUGCUAUGUUAGGAGUGCAUUAAAUUCACUAGCGUACUUAUGUUUUCUGUUUUGGGUAAGUGCAGAGAAUAGAGUAGGAGAAUGGCCCUGAAUACUUCCAGGACAUGACGUUCCUGUCUUAUGUUUCUUCUGUAAAAACACUUAAGGAUUUUAUCUCUUAUCACUACUAGCAACCUUUUUCUGUUAGCCAAGGCAUGGUUUCAGAUGCAGUUACCCAUGUAAUGGGUAGAAAACGUCCAUACAGUGAGGUCACAUAUAUUCCUCCAUGCCCUAAAGGCAUAUUUAUACUGAACUAUUGUAUGUGUAAGCUGUUUUGUCCUGAGGUAGGCUUUUAGGUUAAUACUCGGCGUGUAAUGGAGACAAGAGCACUCAUUGUCAACUGAGCACAGUAGGAACAGCUCUGAAUCUGUUCACAUAAGUCUAUAUAAUACUAGUCAGAAUAAUAUGCAAACCGAAAGAACAAAGGAAUCUCAGCCAUUUUGGUAUGGUUUCUCUUCCAUUAUUUGAAAUAACAAUAGGUUUAUUUUUGUGUGUAUUUGUUCUGUCUUUUUAUGAUUGGACAGUUACUCUGUCAUUUUUGUUUUGCUAAAUUGACUGGGUUCGAACGCAGAGUUGGAGCACGUUUUCCUCACUUGUCAACCCCACUCUACGGCCGUGACAUGGAUGUGUCGCGCCUAAAUUAAGGCUAGGCGCUAAGUGUUGCUGGAGGUAGCUGGCGAUCCAAAGUAUCGAUGCACUUUGCAGAGUAGGGGUGAUGGAUGCUGCCCAAUGAUACAGUGUGCUAAUCUCUGUCUUAAUGUUGAUGCAGCAGUGUGAGUAGGGUUUUCUUUAUGCAUGGAAACAGCGAGACUCUGCCAUCACUGAAUAUGGUUGCUUCCAAGUCAUCCAUACAUUAUAUUUAAUCUAUACUGUUUGAGCAGUAGGGAUCAGGAAUGAGGGGAUGCUGUUAGUAUAAAUAUAUUGAUCUGCUUUAUUUUGAUUUUUAAAUUCAUAAAGGCACUUAGAAGGCCUGAUUGAUGAUCAUGGUUUUAAGCUCAGCUGAUUCUUUUUUGGAGCUAUUUUGCUUUCGUGUUUGCAGCUGACUGAUGCCUUUGUUGUUUAGAGACCUGCUAUGUGCUUUCUUUUGUCCCACCUUGUCUGUGCCGAUUUUGUGUCAGCAAAUUGACUUUACUUUUGAAUUUACUUUUACCAUGCAUUUAGUGGGAGAAAUUAGUGUUUAAUUGUUUUAGCCUGAUGUUACUUUAGGAGCGCAGUCCUUUUAUUCCACUAAAUGUCUGAUCAUCGUAUUUAAUCACUGACAGUCGAGAGACCCAACCAAAAUCUAAGACAUUAAGCAAAAAUCAGUAUAGCUAGCUUUGUGUGUACAAGUCCUUCAUAACACUUUCACCCACAGUUUGUCAACUAAUACAGUACUCUUUAGGUGAAUGUUUACUCAUUUCGGUUUAUUUCUCAGCUGCUGAUAAAAUAGGGUUAGGGUUAGUGAAAUCAGUCACUAAUUUCAGUCUGCCUGUUAUUGCUUGCAAUAAACGUAGCUUCCUACAUUAUUGUCAGUAAUGUUGUUCUAAAACAAUUGUGUGCCAAGAGUUCACACCAAAGAGUAAUGGGUAUUUUUUUUCAAAAAGGAACAGCAUGUAUUGUAUAAUUUGUCCUAAUUUAAUGUAGAAGUAAUCCACUGCUAUUAGAAAGGAUUGUGCAUUUCCCAGCUUGUAACAAUCAUUUGUGAAAAAAAUUAAGAAUUUAAUAAGAUGUAAAUCAGCAAAGUAACACAUUAAGCCAUAGACAUGUUGACAAUGUAAAAGCUGUGCAAUAGGUAUUGCAAUAGUUUAAAGCCAAUGUACACAAAACAGAGUAUUUCACGAAACGUGGCAUCUUAAACUUAGUGCCUUGCAACAAGCUUUACAGUUUAGAUCAUGGCACUUAAAGUCCUGUGCCUCUUUCCUUUUGAAAUGGAUUGAAUAGAGAGAUUAGGAAAAAAUAUGGACGUAUUAUUUAUUGCAGAAAGUAGUGGCAAGAAUGAAUCGACAAUACUAAUUAUCCUUUUCUGUUUUCUAGAACUUAUUGAUUCUUUUUUUAUAUCAUUGGAUGGAAAGAAGAUUUUGUUUGUUUCUUUUUGUAGCAGAUGGUUACAAUCAAAUGCGGCAGACUGGUUUCCUGCCAAUGCCCCCGUCUUCAGAGACUAUACUGUAUCCCUCCAAUUUAACCACUGAGGACAAUCUUUUACUGUAGUUAUAGACAUUUCAAUGAAGUAAGAGGAGAGUAAAGAGGAACACAAAUCUAAUUUUUGCUCUGUUCUCUGAGGAUCUAGCAGGGGGUGUUGCUAGAGUAUUCAGCUGUUAAAGAAACUAAAUAUUAACAGAGAAAAAAAGACUUACCUUCACAUACUGUAGCUGUAUUUCACAUAGCCUAACUAGAAAAGUGUAUCAGAUUGCCAAUGGAACUUUUUAAAAUGUGUUUUCUUUUGUAUCAUUAAUUGUGCACUUACAGAAUUGUAUUGGUAUUUUAUACCAAUGACAUUGGUGAAAUCUAGUUGUAGUUUCCUUUAAGGGACUCUGCUAUAAUGGCCUCAAUCACUUUGAUAGGGACCUCUUCCCAUUAAAUGGUGCUUUUCGACUGGUCAGGGGUUUUUUUUGUUUAUUUGUUUAUUUGUUUUAAUUAGUAAACAAGUCCAUGUAUUCAUCAUAGAUGACUGGAGGGGAAAUUCAUUCAGUGCUUUUUAUAAACUGUAGUUACUUAAAGUGAUACUGCAUCUACAGACCCAACUGAACUCGACACACUCGAAUCAACUCGAAGUUUCACACCACUGAGAGGAACAGGAGAUGCAUUAUGGGCCACAAAUAAUCAAAAGGAAGUGUUUACAGGGAAGGCUGUCAGACUACUUUUUGAAAUUGCAGCUCGUCCUAUUCCUUUUAUAACGAACUCACUUCAGGUAGUUUACGAACACUGAUACAGGCUUAGAAAAAAUCUUAAGUCUUCCAUAGCUUUUCUGUCACUUUCUGUCCACUGUGUAUUAUAUUAAAAAAGCAAUAACCUUUUUAAAAGUGGUGUAUUGGGAUCAUCAAGCCUAAUGAAAUAUUGGCCUGUCAUGUAUCAAACAAACUGAAUGUCAGGGAGGCGUUGAUUUAAAGUAGGACCAGGACAAUUUGAUAUUGAUUUACUUUUUAUAUUUUUUUCUGAAUCUUUGGACAGGUUAAUUUUUUUUCUUCAGAAAAAAUAAAUAUAUAUACAUAUAAAUAUAUAAAUGAGAAAGUGGUGUUGGUUGCUGGUGUUCUAACUCUGCUCAUCAAAACCUAAUGGUAGUCAUUGAACUGCAGCACCACAAACUGAGCAUGUGGUUCAGUUGUCCAGCUCUGUGGAACCAUUCAGAGUUGCACCUCCAGCUGUGUCUAAUAAUGAAAGGGAUUUUGGGCUGCAUAGCCACUGUUUGGGAGCAGGCUAUCUGUUGUCAUGGCAAAGUUCAGUGAUCUUCUGUAGGCUCCUUAAGCACCGAGACUGUAGUUGUAGUUGUUUAGGAUCAGCUAUUGUUCCUCCUGCAGCUUCCUAAAUGCUGCACUAUGAUGUCUCUGGUUAAUGCAUUCGGUGACAAGGCAAAAAACAUAGAACUCAGGGUAUAGUGUUAAAAGUGGUCUCAUUGGACACGCUUCAUAUGUCCAUAGUAUAAUUGUGCACUUCUCUUCAGGUGACAAGUCCUCAGUCAGAAGUUCCCAAACAGUCUGCCUCAAGGUUUCAGCGAGCCGUAUUUCACACAGAGCUGAAGCUUGAGGAGCAUUGGAGACCUUGAACUGAACCAUGGUAACGAUAUGCCCCAACUCCUGUUUUGUCCACUCUACACACAACCUCACAACCCAACUGUGAACCUCAGAACUCUACUGUUUUGUACAACUAUGAAGUAAAUGAAGCUAGCUAGAGCUGAUGUAUCUAUUGCCAUUUAUGAAUUUAUUUUAUAGCAUGAAAUAAAAUAUAUUUAUUCAAAUUAUAUAUUUUACUCAUAAUCAUUCUGUGCUGCUUCAUUUUGGUUCUUAAGCUUGUAAAUUGCUUUUUUAUUAUAUAAAAAUGUCAAUAGAAUAAUGCGUUUGUUUGUAAAAUAAAGACGCUGAUUUGGCUUUGA